AUGCAGAGCUCUGCAAAGCACCGCGGCCAGAUAGAGAAUGACGCCAUCUACACAGCAAGCGACGCCAUACUCCUCGGAGAGACUUGGGCAAUGCACGCAGAUGAAAUCAACAUCAGCGGUUACAAGACAGUUGCACGUGUUGACUGUACGAGGCAGGCGAGAAGAGCCUGCGGAGCAUGCUACUUGCUAUCGCAGCGACUGCUGAGUGAUGUCCGCGACCCAGCCUACAUAAGAAUUGGAGAAAAUGAGGACUGGGUAGAUGCAGCUGUUUUGAAACUACGUCAUGUGCUCAUUGCAGGAGCAUACGCAAAUCCCAGAGUAACAGUCGGCACCAUUCGAUCGUUUCUAGAGAGAUGUUCUGCGGAAGAGGAGCCGAAACUAAUACUGGGUGAUUUUAAUCACAACAUUAUUGAAGCAGCAAAUUCCCGGUUUAAGGAGACGGUGGAAGGAUUUGGGCUAAAAAUUUGGAAUGUAAAUGUGCCCAAUGAAAAUAUAACCCUUGACCUGGUUGUAAGCAAUUUCAGUAUAAGUCACGGUACAUAUGUCUCACUGACUAGCUUUCGUCAGCCCAUUUGGGACAGAUAUGACGUAUAA